AUGCGCCCAAGUCGCAAAGCCAAAGUCCAAUCUCCCAAAUGUGUACAUGGUAUAAGCGGACAUUCCAAUUACCAAUUGCACCUGCGGACACCUUCGGACCAACUGCCGUCAACCAACUCUGAACGACCUCCCGAGCCAUCACUUCCAUCCUCCUCCUCCUUCUCCUCUUCCUCCUCCGCCUCCCUCACUGUCUUUACAUUUACCGCUGUGGCGUCUGCCACGCACAUCAACAUUUCACACGAUCCUGACACACCAACAAACACCAACAUCACCACCGUCGACACCGAUGGGGAGGACCCCGUCUAUACCUGUCCUCAUUGCGACCGCACCUUCACCUAA